GCUAAGUAUGAUGAAGCGUUUCUUAGAAUUGAGCAAGAGAAAUUGAAAUAUUUCAAGGGGCCUGUGCAGGAUAGCGAAAUGCAAUGCCUAAUGAGUUUGCACCUUUUCUUAAAAAAAUACCCGCUUCUCAACAGUUGUCCGUACGAGCGGACUUGAUGCAAGUUCUCAUGAAGAAUCAACCCACUCCAUCAUAUUUACCAACUCCCAGUCCAGGCUACCAGUCAUCGAGUGAAGACUGGCUAAGUGAUUGUUCGAGCGCCCAACCCAGUACAAGCUACGUAAUUUUGGAAGGAACUCGUCAGUCACCCACACAGCACAAUCCGCCACAGCUUCAGACUUUUUUCACAAGUUUUGAUCCAACAGACAUCGAAGAAAGAAGCUAAUCUGUUCCAAAAUGUCUCCAAAAAAAUCUGAGAGAGGUUCUUUAUUUUUAUAUCCGUUAGAAAUAGGUUUAGUUCAGUUACAAAGAAGUUUAUUUGUGUUCUAUUUCUGUUAAAUGACGUUUGUUCAAAAAUUUAUUUGUUUAAAAAAACGUUUAUGUUGAAGAAUAAAAAGUUAAUUAAGUUAUAAUUUCAAUAUUCUGUUUAUCUUCUUACCUCAGUGUCACAGUCAAACGCUCUUCAGGGGAUAUCACACGGCGAAAAUUGUUGUAUUUAGUCAGGUCAGACUUAACAUGUUCCAAGAUAUAUUUGAAAUACCAGCGUCUCCUCGUACAGCGACUCUAAGUCGUUGUCUUUCACCACUGUUGAUCCACAGCACUAGGAUGGCGUCCUCGGAUUCAUACACGACAGCACCACCUGCAAGCCCCCUUGGAGCAAUACAGCCUGAUUUGUACGUUAAGAAAAACGGACCCCUUUUUAUAGGUGGAAUAGCUGGAAAAAGUAGUAGUGCUGGACUGGGAAGACUACAUUUUAGAUUAUCGUAUGAUUUUGACAAGAGCGAUUUUAUAGUGCACUUGAUUGAAGCUCCUUGCGACCAAGGAGGAUUCACAGAUCCUUAUGUUCGCGUGUCGCUGCUGCCUGAAGUGGACGCUAGAAAACGUCAGACAUCCAUACACCGCAACAAUCCAAAUCCCUUGUUCGAUCAAAUGUUCAAGUUUCCAGUAUCACACGAAGAACUUCAGUUUAAGACGCUGGUCCUUCAAGUGUUCGAUUAUGAUAGGUUUUCGAGAAAUGACAUUAUUGGUGAAGUAACGAUGAACCUAAGCGACGUCGAUAUAGCCAACAGCAUAGAGAUUUGGGGAGAGAUAGCAAGAACCAAGAAGCCUAAAGAAGAUAUCCAAGAAGUGCUGAUAUCCUUGAGUUAUUUGCCAUCUGCCGAACAUCCGUUUGUGAAGGUUUACCUACAAGUGAAUGGUAAGAGAGUGAAAAGAAGAAAACUGCAUCAAAGAAGGGAAGUUGUAAUCCAGUACUAAUUUUCGACCAAGGUAACGACCUAAUAGGCACCAAUCCCCUGAUAGGUAGCUGCGUGAUAGGGCCUAAAGAGAGCGGCCCCGAAAGAGACCACUGGAUCGACAUGAUGCACAGUCCAAGAAAGGCCGUUGCCUGUUGGCACACCGUCAGGUAAACGAUGCCGACGGAUCUAGUUGGCCAUUCUGACAACAACACGCUCAAAUCAAAUACGCUAUGCCACAACACGUAUAACGUUGUUUGUUGAUAUGUAUUGUGAACGAUCACUGAACAGACAAGGAUAUGCUAUUUAAAAAUGUGCAAAAAAGUGUCCACUGUCGGAAAUGGAGGGAUCCUAGAGUAACAAUUAAAUUUUCUGGAAAAAAUGGUGUCAAGUACAUUGACUCUAUA